UAGGUCAGUUUAGGAACUCGGGGCACCCUCCCCCCACAAGCGGCUGGAAGCCAGGAGGAAUGUUUCUUAGGCUGGAGUUUGCACUUUGUAGGUUAAACAGAUACCGUCCUCCCCCUUCCACAGAGGCAGAGCCUCAGACCUCGGGGACAGAGUCAGGGUCAUCAGCCAGCCGGGUCCUUGGCCUGUUUCAGUCUUCCAGUGUCCCCGCUGUCACAGAGACCCCUCUUUGGAGGCAGAAACAGACUCGGAGUGACUUAGAUGAUGACCGUGACCAGGACUGCAGUGUAGAGAAUAGAGAGGAAAUGAUCAAAUUUGAGAGAGCUGUGAAGACAAGAUUUCACAGUUUUGAAACAAGCAACGGGUUGUUCCUUAGAGGAAUAAUGUGUUUGUGUUUAUCACGGACGUUUCAGCUCCCAUUGGUGAGAAAUGAUUGCUGUGUCCUUGCUCUGGGGACAAGUUUUUCAGGAAAUGCUGGAGCCGGACAGUCUGAUUUCUUGGGAAGCUUCACUGCCCACCCCCAGCCCCAACCUCUCGUGGGGGCCGAGGAUGAACGUGCAGAGUCCUCGCAGGGCUGACACCUGAGGAGCGAAAGCAAAGAGUCCUGUGUCGUUCCAUCCAUGGGUGUUUGAAAAGCUUCUGACACCAGCGGAGUAAGCUAGUUGUUGGGCUAGAGAGAGAGUAACCACAUUCAGAUAUUUUUAAAGGGCCAGUGGAGUUGGGAGAGAAUCGAAACCCAAAGUACAAAUUUUCAGUUUAAUUUUAACUUUGCAGUUAGCUCACACCCAGGAUUUGGCACGGGGACGUGGACCUUAAUUUUUUUUUUUUCUUUUUUAAGCAGAACACACCCUGAAUGUAAAAGGGGAUACGCUCUUUGCCUGGAAUGGCUUGGAAUGGCUUGGAGCGGCGGCCACCACACAGACAGGAGGAAGUGGGUUGGAAUAGGAGCAGGAGUUCAGAGUGGCUUUGGGGAGCGUUGGGCUGGUUGGAGGUUUGGAAACAUGUGAGCCUGUCCAGAACUCUAGGAACGGGUGGCCCUCCCCAGAGGCCAGGGGACCCAGAGGGUACAUGUAACGACUCCAGGCCGCCUGUUGGGCUGGCAUUUUUGUUUUUUCCUAUUUGGUACAUUCCAGACACUUCGUAGGCAGCCUGCCUGCCAUCUCCAGAGUGACAGUCCCUCCCCAAAGCAUCCCCUGCAUGGUUUGGGCUUUCUGGUGAUAUCAGCAGCCUCCAGGCCUAAACCUCGACCCCCCCCAUCCCCUAUCUCUUUGGUCUCUUGCCCCACACACUGCUGUGAAACCCCCUGGCAGGAAGGAAGUGCAGAACCCCGUUGAGGUCCCCAAGGCUCCACAGACCUGACCUGUGAGGGCCACCUGCUGACGCUCCAAACAGCACAGGCUCCCCCAAGUGGCUGGGGCGUGACCUCUUCCUACUUGGCAAGAGCAGGGUCUGAGGUCUCCCAGCCCCUCUCCACAUCCUUGCUCCCUAAUAGCAGUGUCCUCUGAAGGAGGGCCGACUUGAGUUUGUUUUGUUUAACGGAGGAAGUGUAACCAGGCUAGGGACCGCCGGGAUGGCCCCCACCCUGCUGGUGGAACCAUGAGAAAGAGGGGUGUCAGGGGAGCUCGUAGGGUUGUGUUGGGUCUGGGAGAGCCUGCGGCUUACAUUUGGGAACGUCUGAGAAGCUAUCAGGAGCCAACACCGACCAGCUGGGUCCACUAGGCACCAUCCUGUUCCAUUCCUGGGACUUCAGGAUUGGUGGUUCUGAGGUGGCUGUCACGUGGGAAGCACCCCCCUACCCCCGGGGAGCCCUAGUGAGGAUUAAGCAAGCUGGUGCAGGCAAAGCAUGUCGAGGGUGCCUGUGAGGGCUCAGGAAAGAUCCGCCCGUUACUAUUAAUAAAUACAUUAGUGGUAGUGGCUUGUGUAUUGUCCCCGAGAGGAACGGCCCCCAGUUGGUGGUGGUGCUGAGACUGGGCCCCUGGGUCGGGCCGUAGAAUUCCCAGGCAGCAUUGUGCUUCUCUAGAAAAGAGGCCAACUUCCAAGAGGAGUUCCCCUGACUCCCAGCACCACCUCCCCCAUCUCAAAGACCUUCUUUUCCUUGGCUGAUGGCCGGAAGAGGAGAAGCCCUUGACCCGUCUAGAAAAACCACAUGUCUGAAAUCUUUGAGGCUGGACUGGAAUCCCCCAUAUUUGUCUUUUCUCUGGUGGAGCUUCAAGAAUUCCCGGUGCCUUCUGAAGACCACGGGCCCUGGGGCUCCAGUGUUAGGAGCCACCAGAGGAGGUGGUCCUCCCUCCCCCCAUGGCAGCUCUCCUGCCAUUUGCCCUGCUGCCCUAAGGCCUGGCUUCCUGGCUCUACACUGAUUUCCUGCCCUGGGGCAGAAGGCCUCGCAGGAUUUAUUCCCAGGCACUCUUGCCAGUGACCUUGAGAAGGUGGCUUGACCUGGACAUCUGGCCUCUCCUGGGGACUGAGGGAGUGGAAAAGGAUUUAACUUCUCCCUUCCCAGAUCCAAGGGGAAGGCGGGCCUUGGCGGCCAGCGCCUCGGCCCGGAACUGUGAGCUCUGGGAAGGAGCUCCCGCGCCUGGCUUGGCCCCUUCUGGCGCGCUGCCGCUGCCCGGGGCUAAGCACACCACCUCCCUCCACCAGCGAGGAAGAAAUCGGGGCAGCCGUGGGGCUCUGCAGCCCAGAUGUGCCCCCGCACUCCUCUGGCCUGCCCCCUGGGCACAGCAGGCCCCCUGUGGACUCUGUUUCCCCCAGGCUUCCUGUUGGCCCCAAGAGGCUCAGGAAGGGGGAAGGACCAGAGAUUGGCGAGCCAGUCGUCCUAGAGCCAGCAGGAAGCUCUGGGCAAAUCGCCGUGCUUAUCCAGGAGAAGAAAAGUCUCCAAGUGUCUGGAAUGACCCUUUGGACAAUGUGGGAAUGUGGGACUGCUGUAGAGAAGAACUAGCCAUACUGUCUGACCCAUCGGUGACAAUAACCUGUGGGUGGAAGUCCCAGGGAGGCAGCCUACCAUUGAGGCAUGCUUCUUGGGGGCUGCAGGAAGCGGGCAAGUGGGGAUGUUGUGUCAAGCACCUGGUGCCGCCAGGAGGAGUCACACUUAUGGUGCCUGCCAGCCCUGAGUGGCCAGGGAGCAACCAGACUGCUGGAGCAGCAGUGGGUAACCAGAGGCAUCUGCCUGGUGGGCAGGACACCCUGGCCUCCCUUGCUGACUCUCCAGGGUCAUUCAGGCCCGAGACUCGAUUACCCUCCUCGGCUUGUCUCCCCCUGUACAGGAGCCUGGAUCACCUUCAGCCACACCGACCUUUUAGCAACCAAAGGAGAAGUAGCUUUUUAUCAGUCUUUCUACAGUCUUGGAAAUACAGGAUUUGAACCCAAAUGGGGGUAAGAAGAGAAACAAGGAGAAUCUAAGAACUCUAGCAGCAAAAUUGCCUCCAGGCAGUUUGAAAGAAGAGACAGGCAGGGUCACAGAGGUGCUUCCAAAGACCAACUUUUGUACUUUGACGGCCUCAGUGUGUCACUAUGGGGCCAUCCUCCAUUUGUGGGGUUUCAUUUUUUUCCCUUCACGUCUAACUCAGGACCCUAUGAAGAGCAGGGUCUAGAGAAACUCCCCUUAAUAUGGUAACUAUAAGUAGUAAGUAUUUAUGCUUAAAACGAGGAAAAUGAAAACUCAGUCCCUCAUUCACACCAGCCGCGUUGCAGAUGCUCAGUGGCCACGCUUAGCCAGUGGCUCCUUUCACGGACUCAGCAGGUGUCCAUCGUUGUGGAAAGUUCUAUUGCACAAGGUGAAAGAGCUUGUCCUGGACAACUGCCGGUCGAUUGAAGGCAAAAUCGAAGGCCUCACAGAUGAAUUUGAGGAACUGGAGUUCUUAAGUACAAUCAACGUAGGCCUCACCUCAGUCGCAAACUUACCAAAGUUAAACAAACUUAAGAAGCUUGAACUAAGCGAUAACAGAAUCUCAGGGGGCCUGGAAGUAUUGGCAGAAAAGUGUCCGAACCUCACGCAUCUAAAUUUAAGUGGCAACAAAAUUAAAGACCUCAGCACAAUAGAGCCACUGAAAAAGUUAGAAAACCUCAAGAGCUUAGACCUUUUCAAUUGUGAGGUAACCAACCUGAACGACUACCGAGAAAACGUGUUCAAGCUCCUCCCGCAGCUCACGUAUCUCGAUGGCUACGACCGGGACGACAAGGAGGCCCCCGACUCCGACGCCGAGGGCUACGUGGAGGGCCUGGAUGACGACGAGGAGGACGAGGAUGAAGAAGAAUAUGAUGAAGAUGCUCAGGUAGUGGAAGACGAGGAGGAUGAAGAGGAGGAGGAAGAAGGAGAAGAGGAGGAUGUGAGCGGAGAAGAGGAGGAGGAUGAAGAGGGUUAUAACGACGGGGAAGUAGACGAUGAGGAAGAUGAAGAAGAUGUUGGUGAAGAAGAAAGGGGUCAGAAGCGAAAACGAGAACCUGAAGAUGAGGGAGAAGACGAUGACUAAGUGGAAUAACCCUAUUUUGAAAAAUUCCUAUUGUGAUUUGACUGUUUUUACCCAUUACCCCCCCUGAAAUCCCGCCCCCCGAAACUUAUUUUUUCUGAUUGUAACGUUGCUGUGGGAACGAGAGGGGAAAAGUGUACUGGGGGUUGUGGGGGGAGGGAGGGCGGGAGGGGGUGGAAUAAAAUACUAUUUUUACUGCCACUCUUUAUUUUUUCCCCCUACUUUUUCUUUGUGUCUGGUUUUGUCCCUGUAAAUGCGAUAGCUGAGUACACACCAAGUGAGCAUUUGUUCCUUACUCUCAAAGAGGACGGUUUAGAGGGCUCUUACAAUCUCCUGGUAUUUCCCUGAGUCUCUGCAGUUGGUUGGAAGGUCACGGCUGGCCUCCCUUUGGUUUCUCAAGAGCCUGGGAGGGGCUGAGCACCAGCCACAUCUUACCUGGCCCCGGUUCCCUUGAUUUCUGCAUUUCUUGGGCCUGCUCAAGGCAUCCAACGCCCUGGUUUGUAAAUAGCAACCUCAAGGCGUAUUUUGGCUGGUUGGGGGACAUUCCCCGUCUCUCAUUUCUUUCCUCCUUCACAGAUGGUGGUGGGCUUUGCUCUACGGAGAAGACUCUGAUGUCACUCUUAGAGCUGGAGCCAGAGGGCUGAGAACAGCAGGCUUAGGAGUUAAUGAAUAAAAUGGAUUUGGUAAUGAUAAUUAAAAGAGAAGAAGCAAACCCUCAAACUUCAACCUCUUUAAAAGAUCAAAAACAACAACCACAACAACAAACUGUCCUAUCUUGUUCUGUAAAAUAUUAGAACGCUUUGUUUUACGAAAUGACAAGAGAAUCCUUCCACACGUACUUCUGUGCUCAGACCAUUUUUACAAACCUGAGCACAGGAGACGCUGCUGCAUGUCGGCUGGGUUGUUUUUUUUUUUUUUUUUUCAUACACCCGAGCACGGAAAAACUAACGCAAAAUUGUAUUUUCUUACCUAGUGGAAAUCUGAAAUGACUGCAAAUUCCUAGUGAAUGUACAGGUUUGCUCCCAUGUCCCUCUUCUGGAUUGCUUUAGAAGUGACGUGUUAUUUCCUAGCCCGUGUUUCAUCUGUAUAAAAGAACAUCUGCACCAGUUUUUCUCCUCUCCCUCAGAAGAGCCAAACUUUGAGUUUUAUGUCUGUUUGUCAUUGAUAAAUUUCAAUAAAUCUUUUUAUACAAUCUU